UGGAGCGCUGCGCUCACUUAGCGACCGGACAAGAAAGUGAGCGUUGGUCGGUAGUGCGGGGGUCGUGUGGGGUUCGGCGAGCGCGUCGGCGUCGUCGACAUUGAUUUCGCUCUAUAGUUUUCAGUUACCGAGGGUCCACCCGUGGGGCGGACUUGUUGAGGCCUCCAAUUCCUCUCCCGAUAUCUGAAGAGGAGCCCGGACUCGGCCAUCACCUCCGGCCCGCCCGCUGGUGAAGGGGCGGCAGGCAGAAUGGAGUUCAAGCUGGAGGCACACCGCAUUGUCAGCAUCUCCCUGGGCAAGAUCUACAAUUCACGGGUCCAGCGCGGUGGCAUCAAGCUGCACAAGAACCUGCUGGUCUCACUGGUGCUGCGCAGCGCCCGCCAGGUCUACCUGAGCGACCCGUGCCCCGGUCUCUACCUGGCUGGUCCUCCUGGGACCCCACCGCAGCUGCCCGGGGAGCUGGUGGCCGGGCCCCCAGCGGGCUGGGGGGAGCCGCCCCCGCCGCCCGCUCCCGCCGCCUGGCCAGAGAGCGAGCCGGAGCAGGAACACCGCGCAGUCCUAGACACGCCUCGGGCAGGUGACUUGGAGCCCGAGGCUACCCUGACCGGCGCCAGGAACACUCUUCAGAGCACAGAGGCAGCGGCCGAGGAAGCCGGGGACUCAGCCGGGGACUCAGCCGGAGGCUUGGACAUCUUCCCUGAGGGUCCCCGAGCGGCGCGCCACUACUGCGGCUGCCUCCCUGGUGGCGGGGAGAAGCAGGGAGUGCUGGGCGCACCUCUCCACGGUGACGGCCGCUGCGCCGAGGACAAGCCCCCGGCGCCGCCCCCGGUCUGCCCUAGGAAGCGCAGCGCAGCGGGGAUGGGCGGCUGUGGCCCCGCAGGCUGCCCCGGCUCAACCCCUCUGAAGAAGCCCCGUUGGGACUUGGAGGAGCAGCCUGGCAGGAUGGAGGAAGAGGAGGAGGAGAUGGAGACGGGUAACGUGGCUAACCUCAUUAGCAUCUUUGGUUCCAGCUUCUCAGGACUCUUACGAAAAAGCCCCGGGGGCGGCCCGGAGGAAGCCGAGGGAGAGGGGAGCAAUCCGGAAGCCAGCGAGCCUGGGCAGAUCUGCUGCGAUAAGCCGGUGCUGAGAGACAUGAACCCUUGGAGCACAGCCAUCGUGGCCUUCUGAGCCCCGUCGGUCCCCAUGUGGGCAGGAGGUUGAGCAGCGGGCGUGGACGCGAGUGCCGGGCCUUUCCUGGCUGCGAGACGCGGCGGAGACCGUAGGCGCUGAGCGUGUGGCAAGACUGGUGCCGCGGGGCAGCAGGGACUGCCCGUGGCGGCCCUGCUCUGUCGGCCUCUCUCUCGGGGCCUCUCGAGACUUGGGAGUGCGAGGCUUAUCGGAAGAGGACGAUUGUUACUUUGUGUGUCUGUGUAUGUAAGUUUGUCUUGUGAAUUAAGACUAUUUUGUCCUUCUGGAAUGCAUCACCCUUCCCCAGGGUUCGGGAGACUGGGGGCAGACAGGGACUUUCCUUUACCAGCAGCACCGAGAAGGAAGCGGCUAAAAGGGCCGGGGAGUUCCCCAUUCGCUCUGCUGGCAGGAAGGGACUUUACACACACCCUUCACAUGAAAGCUAGACCCGUACCGGCCCGGGAGUGGCCUUUCCUCGCAGGAUUUUAUAAGACUAGAGUGGUUUAGUCCGGGGGUAGAGACCUGUGUUAUUUCUUUCCCUCCUCACCUUUCUCUCACUGAAGAAACGUCUAAACCCUGUGAUUACUCUGGGAAAGGGGAAUCUUAGGGGCCCUUGUCUUCCCCACAGGGAGAAAAGCUUGAUGAACUUCACAGAAGAGUUCAAGCUUGGAAAUACGGAGUUUAUAGAGGAAAGAUAUAUUUUAAAAGCUCUAGCUCAGAACUACUACACAGUGCUUUUUAAAAGUGUUUAAUGAAACAAAAGUUUACAGACAGAACCCCUAAGUGGAAAGACGUUAUGGUUUUGUAGCUACGGUGACUCCAGUCUUUGUUGUAUAAAGGU